UUCAACAAAUAAAAGGUGUUUCGUCAGGUCAGCUUUUACCUCCUUUACCUCGGCGGUCGGAAAUUCGCGCGUUUUUCGAAGUAUUUUACGUGUUUCGAUCAUGCCUGAAAUUACAUAAGGCGCGAUAAUCCUCUCGAUUAAUUUGCUUAAAAGCAUAUCCAAAACAGAGACCAUCGUUCGGCUUCAACACCGGCCCCGUUGGAAUAACAAAAAUGGAGAAUUUUUAUACCAAAUACAACAGGCACAUGCCAGAUUUCAAAAUGUUAACCAACCUGCCGAACGUGCAGCUUAAUCGCGAAGAAGCUAUAUUAUCUUUGAUCGUCGUGCUAGGCAGUAGCAUAUCUUUGGUCGGUUUAAUCUUCGCUUUCAUCACGUACAGUUUAUUCUCAGAUUUACGCAGCAUGUCGGGUACAUUAAUCAUGAAUCUUUUGGCAACGCUGUUUAUGACGCAGCUUAUGUAUGUUAUCGGAGUCGGAGGAACGCAGGAUCCGGAGCUGUGUGUAUCUUUGGCGUUUGCGUUGCAGUACUUCCACUUGGCUGAAUUUUGCUGGCUUUUGAGCCUCACGUACAACAUGUACCAUACAUUUCGCACGAAUCUGAAUUUAAUAGUCGUUUCUCCGCAUUACAAAAUAGUACCAUCGUUCGUCAAGUACAGUUUAUUCGGAUGGGGUACUCCGGUGCUGUUUUUAUUAUUCGGAUUUUGGCUGCAUCGCGAAUUCAACGCGCCUUAUUCGCACGAAACGUUCAGAUUUGAUUAUUUGAAUUGCUGGUUCUUGAAUGAGAAAAUCUACAUCUACAGUUACGUACUCCCAGUUACCAUAUUAUUAGUAUUAAUCGCCCACAGAAUGUACAAGACUUGGAUAAUAAUCAGAUACUCGGUAGCGUUACAAGUGGACUACAAAGUGAAAGAGAAAAUGCGACAAGCUAGAUUACUCCAGUACUAUUUAUACGUGAAAAUCACGCUUCUUUUAACACUGACGUAUAUUUGCGGCGCAAUCGCACGUCUGACUCAUUACAACAUAGCCUGGAUCAGUUUCAAUGUCGAACAUUCUCUCCAGGGCCUUUUAGUAGCCAUAGCGGUGACAUGUAACUGUCAAAUAUUGAAAAUAUACGCUAAAUCUAUCAGACGUCGCAGACGCAAACGAGAAAAUUUAAUCGAAAUUUGCAAAUUUAAAAAACGAACCAGAGACAUAUCCCGAUCAACAAGUUUGGAUACAUUAUCAUGGCAGCCGGAACUUCUAUCUGUAUGAAGUGUCACAUCACCGCGUCGCUGAAACUGUAGCUGUGCCGGAGAUGAAGCAAAAUCAUACCGAAUAAUUUUUAUCGAGUACUUUUGUUUUUGGUUAUUAUUAAUUACGAGCGAAAACGACUUGAUUUUAUUACAAUAAAAUAACAUUCGAUUUUCACGUUGAUGCACUUUUAAACCACGAACACACGAACCACUUCUUAUACGGAAAUGAGCGCAGAACCAAAACUAAACUACCUAAAGAAAACAGAAUUAUCUUAUCUACCAUACAAAAAAAAAACAAAAAAAAACGAAGCAACCAUGGUUUUGCAAGUGAAACAUCCACCAAUGAGAAUGCCCGAAACCAAUUCAUUAGUCAUUACUGGUUUUACCAGUUGGGUUUACGUAACGUCUUGUGAUCCCUGCGCAUGCGCGUGAACCGUGACUCCGUGAGAGUUACAUCAACGACGUUGUGUAACGUGAAGCAUACUAUUUUUAUCAUUUUUUGUGAUUAUUUAUUAUAAUUUAUUAUUAUUUUAUUUUAUUUUUCAAUUCUAGGUAAUACUAAUAUUUCAUUGAUAAUUAACGAUUAAACAUUACUUAUUAUGAUCGAACAUUGUUGCAAAAAAAAUCGUAUUUUUCGAAACAAAUUGUAAAGUUUUUAACGAAGGAGCAUCCGGUUCGAAAAACUGACGCCGGAUUCGAAUUUGGCGACCUCGAAUCAGUUGGAAAUGACGAUCAAAGCCGAGAAAAAUAACUUCUUCCGACUGAAAUGGCAAAUUAACAUAGUCGGGGGGCCCACAUAAGGAUCACUUGCACCCCCUCCCUAUCCUCCGGGACAACUUUUUUCUUAAAAGGGGAGUCCUAAGAAACGUUUCUAGCCCUUGUCCUAAAAAAAAGUGGCCCUACUUACAAAAUGGCGGCCAUUUUGAUUGACAGGUCAGCCGAAAUCGCAGAUUUUGCGUUCCAACUCAGGCUACCAGACAAUUUUUUAAAUCGUACAAAGGUAGAUCGAAAGAGCAGGCAAAAAUUCAUCACCUGUCAAAAUUUCAAGUACGAGUUUUUGGUGAAUUUUCAAAAAUCAAAUUUUGGCCAAAAUGUGAGAAAAAAUCAAAAUUUUACCAAAUUGACCUAGAAAGCUGAAAUUUGGGAUAUACCCUAUUUUCGACCUGCCAAAUCGAUUCGAAACUGUUUCAAACCGUUUUGAGCAGUUCUGGAGCCUCCAGCAGAUUUUUGAAACUCGAAAUUCUCACAAAAUUUCAUCAAAAUGGAGUUGGAAAGCCGCAAUUUGCUCUGUAAACUAAUUUCAAUACGCUAUGAAGUCAACUGCAGGUAAAUUUCAAGUCGUUUUGGAACCUCUAGCAAUUUUUGAAAAUUACUUGAGCCUCCAGUAGAUUUUUGAAACUCGAAAUUCACACAAAAUUUCAUCAAAAUGGGGUUAGCAAGCCGAAAUGUACUCUGCAAGCUAAUUUCAAUGCAAUAAUAUGAAGUCGGAGUCACUGGAGGCUCCAAAAUUACUCGAACACACCUGAAGUCGUCUUCAGAGGGUAUUGAAAUUGGAGUUCAUAGUUAAUUUCGGCUUGCUAACCCCAUUUUGAUAAAAUUUUGGGGAAAUUCCAAGUUUCAAAAAUUUACUGGAGGCUCCAGUAUUUUCAAAAAAUUGCUGGAGGCUCCGAAACGACUUGAAAUUUACCUGCAAUCGACUUCACAGCGUAUUGAAAUUAGUUUGCAGAAUUAAUUUCGGCUUUCCAACUCCAUUUGAUGAAAUUUUGUGAGAAUUUCGAGUUUCAAAAAUUUGCUGGAGGCUCCAGAACUGCUCAAAACGGGUUGAAACAGUUUCCAAUCGAUUUGGCAGGUCGAAAAUAGGGUAUAUCCCAAAUUUCAGCGUUCUAGGUCAAUUUGGUAAAAUUUUGAUUUGUUCUCACAUUUUGGCCAAAAUUUGAUUUUUGAAAAUUCACCAAAAAUCGAAAAAGGCACAUAAGUUCUUGAAAUUUUUACAGGUAAUGAAUUUUUGCCUGCUCUUUCGAUCUACCUUUGUACGGUUUAAAAAAUUGUAUGCUAGCCUGUGUUGGAACGCAAAAUCUGCGAUUUCGGCUGACCUGUCAAUCAAAAUGGCCGCCAUUUUGUAAGUAGGGCCACUUUUUUUUUGAGGAUAAGGGCUAGAAAUGUUCCUUAGGACUUCCUCUUUAAGAAAAAAUUGUCCCGAAAGAUCGGCAGGAGGAUGCACGUAAUCCUUAUGCGGGCUCCCCGACUAACAACGUUCAUCGGACGAGAAGGUAACACUGGUGUUAAUAAAAUUGCCUAACCAGUUUGCCGUAAAUACAACGUGCAUUAUUUCAAGAAAGAAAGAAGGGAAAAAAAGCGAAUCGCAUUGAAAUUUUGACUGUUUUUUUUUUGGGGGGGGGGGGGGCAAGAAGAAUUCUUUUUUGGUUCCAGAUUCUUUCCAGAGCGCUUAUUCGUGCUAGAAAAUGUGCAAAUUUUAAAGCUCAAAAUUGAGCAAAAAAUUACUUGUCAAAAUUCAAAAAUUGGAGUUUUUAUCACCUUUUUGUACUAAUUAAUUGGGAGUCGCUGAGUACGAAAAUGAUGUAAAAUUUGAGCCUUUAUUCGUUGUUUUUUGAAAAAGAAAAUUCAGGUAAAUUGAAAUUUUUUUAGCAAUGUGAUCGUUAUUAAUAAGUACUACUUACUAACUGAAUCUGUUUUAUCGUUUUACGUAGGUCUGUACUAUGUACAUAUUUUUUCAAAAAGUUGAUGCAUUAUUUAAAAAAAUUAAAAUUUACGUUUGAUGAAACCAACGAAAAAUACAUAUCAAUUUCGAAAAAAGUUGAAUAGAUACAGAAUAUUUAUUUGGUAUGAUUUCUACUGAGCCAUAAAAUGAUCGGAUUCUAUUUUUUAAAAUGUAUUUCAUGUUUUGUGUACUCUCUCUUUGAUGUUCAUUUUGUCAUAAAUAUUCUUAAUUAUUCAUUUUUAAAAUUUAAAUAAGCAGUAAGCCAAAUAAACAGCGUUUUUCAAAGUACCUACCUAACUACUUGUAGAGAUAUGUGCGAACUUGAUGAAUAAUCAUUUAAAAACAAUAAAUUUAUGAAAUAUUUU